GGGCGCAUUAGUCGGGUUUCUGCGCUUGUCGGAGACGGGUGCGCGCUUAUUUCCAUUCGCGUUUCGAUUAAUUACUUUAAGCUUGAUAUUUAUUACUAAAAACUUUACUUAAGGUUUAUUUUAAGUUGUAAUUUUGUGUAUUUUUAAGUUUUGUGAAUUUAUUUAAGUGUUUUAAAUUAACGACUCAUUCGAACAUGGCUAAAACGGAGAAGUCAUUUACGAGGAAUAUUACAGAUUGCCUAACAUGCGUCCAAGUAUUAAACAUAAUGGUGCUCCUCGGGUUCAUGCUGAACUACGCACUGCGCGUGAACCUCACAAUUGCCAUAGUGGAGAUGAUAUUCGACGAGAAGGAUGCACAGGUGGUGGCCAAUCUCACCGAAUCACUUAACGUUACAGAGCACCCAGAACAUAUAACACAGACCCGCUAUCAUUGGGAUACAAAGCAGAAGAAUCAUCUGCUUGGCUGCUUCUUCUGGGGUUAUGUUCUCACAGAGGUUCCAGGUGGUCGACUUGCAGAGGUUAUAGGAGCAAGGCGAGUCUUCGGCUACAGCACUCUUCUUGCCAGCAUCCUCACCCUUCUCUCCCCUGGUGCUGCCGCUCUUGGCUUCGGCUGGAUAGUGGCGUUGCGAGUAGUUCUCGGCUUCCUCUUGGGAGCAACAUGGCCUGCCAUUCUUCCCAUGGCAUCCAAAUGGAUACCUCCAAUGGACAGAUCGAAGUUCAUGUCAAACAUGAUGGCAUCGUCUCUUGGAGCAGCGCUCACAAUGCCCAUCUGCGGUUUCCUCAUCGCGCACUUCGGGUGGGAAUCUGCCUUUUACUUUACUGGUAUUAUCGGUAUAAUGUGGUCUGUGGCAUGGUUCGCGGUAGUAUACGAUUCACCUGCGCAGCAUCCACGCAUCUCUGAUGCUGAGAGGAACCACCUCAUGAAGGCACUGCCACAGGACUCCAACAAAGGCCACAACCCAGUACCGUGGCGCAGUCUGCUGACGUCAGCACCCGUCUGGGCCAUCGUGAUAACCCACGGGGCCUCUGUCUUCGGCUACUUCACCGUCGUCAACCAACUGCCCACUUACAUUGAGAGCAUACUCAACUAUAGUAUUAAGCACAAUGGCCUCCUCUCUUCUUUGCCGUAUCUGGGUAAAUACCUGUGCGCCUUGGCGUCAUCAGUGCUGGCUGAUUCGCUACGCCGCAGUGGUAGUCUGUCCACUACAACAGCCAGGAAACUCUUUACCGCAUUGGCUGUGGGCUUACCAGGUAUACUUAUGAUUGCGCAAGCCUUCUUCGGUCACGAUCGCAUCUGGUCCAUUGCUAUCUUCACACUGGCGUUGACAAUCAACGGAGCUGUCACUGCUGGUUACCUUGGCAACGGGCUGGAUAUUGCGCCUAACUUCAGUGGGACCAUAUUUGGUAUUGCCAACACGUUGUCUUCUAUUGGCGGCUGGCUUUCGACUUACAUGGUUGGAGAACUUACUGAGCACGAGAACACAUACUCCCAAUGGCAAAUAGUAUUCUUCAUAUUAUCUGGGACGUAUAUUUUCGGGGCCUUAGUGUUCACUUUCCUUGGGUCAGGGGAACUUCAACCCUGGAACUCGCCAAGUAGCGAGAACAAUAAGCGUGAGGAACAACCGCUCAAUGAGCAAAAAGCCUAAAUUGUCCAUAGACAGUAGAAAUCAUAGACUAUAACUGGCUCAUACGCACUACCGUCGGCUAAUAAACAUUUAUACUGUAGUCUCUGGCUAAUAGGAUAUAGUCUAUGAAAUCUAUGGGUCAUAGAUUAUAGCAGUAUUUUUUAUUUAUGAUAGUUGUAGAUUCCAAAUUUGAAUGUUGGUGUUACAAAAUGGCUGAUUAAAAAAAAAGUUGUUAGACUCCAUAGAUAAAGAAUUUAAAUACUGCUAUAUCUUUGAUUUAUUAUUAAUUAAAAUGGUUGCUUAACUUGAAUCCAAUAAAAACUGUUAAAACAUUUUGAUAUGUAAUAAUAGACCACAGAUUAAAUAAAUUCCAAAAUUAGUUAUUUUCAGAACAACUUUUUCAAACAUGUACUGUCAAGUUAAGCGUCAUUUUCGUAGGAUAACUCGAAUAUCUGUUAUGUACAAACAAGACAAAAGUUUAGUGAAAUUAUUUAUUUAUCAAAUUUCAUGUAUAAUCUAGUUCCAAUAUGUUACGAUUGCUGGCAUACAGGUUUUACAUAUUUUAUAAUUACAACAUUAUCCAAAUUCAUUCAAAUUGGUUCAGGGGUUUUGCCUAAAUGUAGCGAGAAUCAUUCUCAAAUUAUGCCUCAUGUGUCAAACUUGGCAUUUGACGGCAAUCAAUACAAAUUAAACUGAUGUAUAGGAGUCUCAGUUGUAACAGACACGCAAUAACUGUCAUAUUUUCACAUUUAACAUUUAUGACAAUUGUCAACACAGAUUAUAAAACUCAAAAUAAUAGACAUUCCCAAUUUCAUAUACAGAUAAACCUGUGUGUUUGUUAAUCGUAACGUCUCUUACUUACCAUAUUGGUAUACUUCGGUAAUUUCCUUAAGGCACUGUACAUUUUAGCGGCUUUUAAGUGUAGCUUUACAGACCUAUGUUGUCAAAUUUUUGACGUGACAACGUCUAUUAAAUCGAUGAACGCCGGUUCCACGCACGAAAAGUCAUGACUCAUUGUCCCGUUACGCUCAUUGUACGCUUGCGCCGCAUCUAUCUCUCUUCCACUCGAUUGGCCUAUGCGUCCGAGGACAAGAAAGACAGCGGCAACACACAAAUAAAAGUAAAUUUAUCCUUUAAAUUUUAGAUUUCAUUUCACUUUUUUGUAUCCAUACAAAAUAGUGAUAAUUCAUUAAAAAUGAAUCAAUUUUAUUCAUAAACUUAUGCAAUCAUUUCAUC